GGGGGGCAGAGCUCUAGAAGAAAUGCAGCGGGGAGGGGCAGAGAGGGCAGCAGGGGCAGCCAGCCCGCUGUGGAGGGCCUGGCCAACGGCUCUUGGGGGGUUUCCUUAAGCCCGAGGCCCUGGAGCCUCAGGGACGCCCCCCAGUUCCCUCAGCUUUUCAGCAGGGCAGGAAGGUUCCCAGGAGGCUGGGCUUUUGCCUCACAGCCCCGGGAGGAUUCCCCCGAGGGCCAGCGUGCCCCGGCAGCCUCUCGGCAACAGUUUGGGCAAGGCUGGCAGAGGGAAGCUGGCCUAACCCCCACGCCCCCCCCCCCCAGGCCCAGUGACCUUGAACAAGGCUCUUUGCCUUUGUGCCCCUGAGCCUCAGCCAGGAAGGCGAGAGGGGCCACUCCCUGCCCCAGGGAGGGGAGCGGGCUGGACAUGAAGCCCCGCCACGAGGCUGCUGACCCAGGGGCACACGCGCGCUCUCUGGGGCCCUCCAGGACCCACUGGCCUCAUCUGGGGCUCAGCCAGGUCUGGAGGGCCCCAGGAAGUUUCCCCAUCACUUUCGCGGGGCGCAGCUGGCCCUGCCGCCGCCCGGCUCGGGGGUGGGGGGCCAUGGGGGGCCCGCCGGGGGGCCUGCAGAGGGCCAGGCUGAGCCCAAGUGGCUCACCUGUUGCCUAGCAAUGAUGGCAUCAUGCUUAGAAUUUUGCCAACAAUGGGGUUGCCGACAUCAGAACCCGAGGAAGAGCCAGCCCCUUCCUCCUUCCUUGCCUUCUCCCCUCCCUCCCUCAGUUGAUCAGAGCUGCUCAGACCAGCAGGAUCCAGCUGCCAGCCAGCUGUUUGAAGAGGGACCGAACGCUCCAGGAGGAAAAACAUGAAUUAAGAGGAUUCCGUCCUCGUGGCCUGUUCGUCCGAACCCCCCCGGCGCCCGAGAGCUCACCUUGUCCGCAGGUGACUCGCCAGUCGAAGGGGACAUGAUGGCAGUAGUUCACAACGCCAAAGAGAAAGGAGAGUUUGAUGCCUUUCCCGAAAUCAUCGAGCUCAACGUGGGGGGCCAGGUGUACAUCACCCGUUACCCUACCCUGGUCAGCGUCCAAGGUUCUCUGCUCUGGGAGAUGUUCAGUCAGAAGAACCCCCUGUCCUUGUCCCGCGACAACAAAGGGCGCUUCUUCGUGGAUCGGGACGGCUUCCUCUUCCGUUACGUCUUAGACUACAUGAGGGACCACCAGCUGGUGCUGCCGGACCACUUUCCGGAGCGGAGCCGGCUCAAGAGGGAGGCCGAGUUCUUCAAACUGCCGGAUCUCGUCAAGAUCCUGGCCCCCGACGCCGGGAACAACUCCGUGGCGGACGAGUUCAGGGUGAGCGACUCCGAAGAGCCGCACCCCGUCCCCGCCUCCGGUUUGUCGGUGUCGGCCAGCGGCCCGGGCGACUCCCCGGGGGCCGCCGGGCCCGGCGCCGGGGCCUCCCGCAAGAGUGGUUAUAUCACCCUAGGCUACCGGGGUUCCUACACCCUGGGCCGGGAUAGCCAGACUGACGCCAAGUUCCGCCGCGUGGCCCGAAUCAUGGUGUGCGGCAAGAUCUCGCUGGCCAAGGAAGUGUUCGGCGAGACCCUGAACGAGAGUCGAGACCCCGACCGCCCCCCCGAGCGGUACACUUCCCGCUACUACCUCAAGUUCAACUACCUAGAACAAGCCUUCGACAAACUGGCCACCGCCGGCUUCCACAUGGUGACGUCCAACUCGACGGGCACCUGCGCUUGCGCUCAGGACCAGGCCGACGACAAGAUCUGGACCUCUUACACCGAGUAUAUUUUUUACCGUGAGUGAUACUUAAACAAAAAAAAACACCCGACAAAUAGAAGCCCCAGAGUUUCCUCCCCGCUUCCCACUCUGGGCCAAUGCCGGCUCUUUUCUUUAAGAAGAGACCGGUGCCCCUGGCUCCUGUCCCCCCUCCCCCCGUUCACUAUCCCUAAAGUCAUUCCUGGCACCCCGCUUCCUUCCCCUCUCCAGCACCUUUUUUGCUUUUAACCUUAGUCACCGAGGGAAACAUUUAAACGUGAAAAACAGGUCUACGAGAGAGGCCCGGGGGCUCCCACAUCGCCCUUGGAUCGGGGUCUCGGGUGGCGACUCGGGGUGGUGGACGGCAAGCUCCGUCACGGGCUCCGACAUCUCCACGUGUACAUAUAUACAUACUGCUACGGUGUCUCAGGGAGCGGGAUGGGGGCGGGUUGGGAGACGCGUGCUGUGAACGGAAGCUCCCCAGUUGGAGAAGGGGAUGACCCAAAGGCUGCCGGCUCCCCUCCCCCUCCCUGAGCCCCUUUCACCCGGCUCACUCGGACACCGCGAUUUCCAUAAGCUGAUGCCUGGCUCCCGGGUGGGGUGGGGAAAGCCUCCCACAGCUCCAGUCUUCUCGAAAAUAGCUCGAUGCGUAAUGGGCCCAUAAAGAGAGCCGGAGGAAGAUGGCGGCCCCCGAGGGCCUUUGGUGGGGAGGGGGAUUUCCGGCAGAGGCGGGGGAGAGGAGGGCAAGGGGGAUGGGCGACCGCCCAGAGGAUCCAUGCCUCUGUGGUCCUCCAAGGCUGCAGAGUGCAAGGUGAGUUAAGGCUUCAGGGUGAAUAAGGGCGAAUCUGUGACCUUCGGGAAGUCCCGGAUGGUCCCGAAUGUGAAGGGGCCGAAAGGCUCCUCGGCUUGGGGGGAAGGGGGGAGGAGCUCCCUGUCCAUCUCCGGCGUCCCCGACGGUGGCAGCCAGUGCUUUCUAUGUUGGCUGGCCCCCGGCACUUACUGGGCACACUCAAUAAAGGAGGAAACAAUAAAGAGCCACCUCCUCCUUCUCUGCCUCUUUCUUCUGCUCCUCUCUUAGUGUCUUUGCUCGGCAGGGCCCGUGGGCCCGUCGGCCUCCUGGCCUUUGCCGGCUGCUUCUUUGUGCCCCACCGGCCUCUGCCUCGGUGAGCCUGGGCAGACGGCUUCGCCGGCCGGAGUCUCAGUUUGCACAUCUGUCACAUGCGAUGCUGACAAGGGGAUCGAGUCGGAACCCCCAGAGGUGGCGGUAGCUGGCGCCUUAGUUUUUCUUGGUGUGGAGGCUCCAGGUGCCUGCUUUGCAAGUGCCCUGGAAGGCUCUCGGGCUGGUAAUGAAUGUGCCGGGCUUCGCCCCCCUCUCGGGGGCAGAGCCUUCCCUUCAGAUGCUCCUGACCGCACUUGGCCAUCAGACUUCCGGCCCCCUCCCCUUCUUUGGGCCUCUUGGAUUUAAAGGAACGUCUUCCAGAUGGGAAAACUGAGGCCUCAGGAAGGAGGUAAGAGGUCACACAGUAGUGAGGGGUGCACCCAGCAUCUGACCCUGGGGCCUCGGACUCCAACCCAGUGCGCCAGUCUCUAGUCUUCAUUUAUAACUCUUCCGGCUCAGACAUCCCAGGAAUCUCUGUUUCAGGCCUGGGGGGGAGGCCCGUUGCAUGUUGGGUAAAUGAGUGGUCGAUGACAUCAGACCGCCCUCUGCCUGGGAGCCGUCCGGGGGUCCCUCCUCCCGUCUGGUGGGCUGCUUCCCCUGGUCCCUCCCGCGCCGGCCCCUCCGGCCGUCCCGGGCAUCCUCACAGUCUCCAGGGGAGAGGCUGCCGGAGGAUGGACUGGCUGGCUAGGGAGUGUCCGAUAAGUGCCAGUCAGGGAGGGCGUUCCUUCCUGGCUGUCUGGCCUAGCCCGGGAGGCUCGACAAAUUCAAGAUGGCGGCUUUCCUCCGGAGGGGACAACGUGGAGCCGGCUCCCAGGAGACGCCAGCCAGUUCUCCCUGGGGCUCGGUCUAGCCCCACAGACGGCACGCCAACGGGGACAAGAAGUGGCCGCCCGUCUCGUCUUUUCUCGGUGGCCCCCGUGUCACAGAAUUACUAGAGAUCUCAGGGUGGGAAAGCGGGCUGGGCUCCGGCCUCCUGAGCCUUUCUCUCCUCGCCGCCCCUCCCCCCAGCCCCCACUACGCUCCUGCCCCCGUUUCUGUCCAAAGGCCUGAGUGCCAGCUCUAAGUCUUGCUUUCCCCUCUGGGGGUCUCGGUCGCCUCAUCUGGGAAAUGAAGGCUCUGGCCUCGAGGGCCUCCGUUCUGAAGGAACAGCCUGCAUUUGUUCUUGGCUCCACUCCCUCCUCCAACCCCCUGAGUCUGGGCCAGAGGAAGGCCUGGAAAACCGGCUUCAUCCUUGAGCGUCGAUCCCUUAAGAAAAUGGCAUCUCCAGACCGUUUUCUCCGGGAAUUUAUUUGGGUUCCAGAUUUGAAAGCCACCAAAGCCGGGCCUGAGCUCAGAAAGCACCUCCCCUCCCCACGCCUGCCUUCGGCCCGGGGCCAGGGUGGGGGCCGCCGGAAAUUCAGGGCUUUGGGAUGCGAGCAGAGCACAGGGAAGUCCUUGGGACUGCUUAGGAAAAACUAGGGCCGGCCUUCGGGAAAGGAAGAGGGCAGGCCAGCAGGGCCGAGGCUCCGGGCAGAGCCGGCCCAUUGUCCUGGGACCUUUGGGAGGGCCUUUCCUGCCUGACUCAGGAAGGAGAGCCGGGCUGCCCGCAGGGCCCGGUGGCUGUUAUCUGCCCACCUCCCCUCGGGCCCCUCCCUUUCCUUCCUCCAAGAGGUCAGGCUGGCUCCAGGUCUCUCCUCCCCAGGGGCCGCCCUAGACAACUUCCACACUCAUUUCCACUCUCCCUAAGUUGUUUCCCAUGGCUCCCUUCUCCGUCCCACCCCCACACACUUGAACCCUUGCCAUCACCCACAGGCCUUCCCUUUCCAUGUUCAGAGUCUCCUCUCAGUCUCUCCUCCUCUCUCCACGUCCCUGCACCUCUUAAGAAACCUCCUCUUCAUCCUCAGUGGGACCUCCCGGCCCUGAGCCCCCGGCCCUUUCCCGGUCCAUCACCUCGUGCGCCACGUUCUCCUCCCCUCCCCGACCCGGGCAUUCGGCGACCUCCCCUCGCACGCUCGCCAAGCUGGGCCGACGGUCCUCCCGUCACCCCAAGCUGGGCCGAUGGUCCUCCCGUCUCCCCUUCCCGGCCCAGGCUCUCUGCUGCCCCUGAUCUUGCACAUCUAUUUGCCCUAUGGACAGCUCAGCCCGAACGUCCAGGAGCCGUCUUCAGCUCAGUCACUGUGUCUAGAACGGUUCCUCUCCUCUCCUCCAGAUCCUCCUCUAUGAUGGCCCAGCCUUCCGGCCCCAAUUUAGGAGUCGAUAUCCACGUGGCCAAGGCCCGCCGCUUCCACCUUGCCGACAUUUCUCUCUUCUGACACAGCCGCCUCUCUGGCGCUGUCAUUCCCUCCCGCCUGGACUGCGGCAGCGGCUGCCGGGGCCAGAGCGGGGGCGCCGUGGCUCUGCCAGACUUGGGACUCUCCCACUCUAUUCAGCCGCCCAAGGCACAGGUCAGACCGUGGUGCCUUCCCGCCCACUCGGCAAACUCCAGGGCUCUCCUGUUGCCCCCAGGAUCCAAUCAAACAUCAGCUGGCAUUUAAAGCUGUUCACUCCUGGACCCGGGUUUGGGUGGAGAGCCGUGGCAGGCUCCAGCUCUCCGCCACGGGACAGGCUCGAGAGAACAGGGAGACGGGAACUUGCUCAGGUCAUCCUAUGUGGCCAAGCCCUCGGGGCCCUGCCAACCCCAGACGGGAGGAGCCCGGCGGCACGGCAGAUGGACUCGGACGCCGCGGAUCCCACGCCACCGGCACAGGGAUCGCCACGCGCGGACCCGGGAGCAAGAGCAGGCGGCAGAGAGAGGCCUGAUGGGAACGGCCCCAGAAGGGGCAGCGGUCGGUGGCCUCGGCGGACGGGGCUCCGCGGGGCUUCCCGCUCUCGGCCUCUCCAAAACCCAAGAUGGUUUUAGACAAAUGGCCGGGUCUGGCAGACUGGGGGUGGAGGGGGAGGUGGGGCACAGGCGACUACCUCCCUUCUCUCCCACUGCCCCCAUUUCUCUAAAACCAUCCAGGUUUUCUGUGUAACGGGAUCACAUGGGCAGCCUAGGGGACCCCAAACCCUGGAAUCCUCCGGUCCCCAAAGAAACAAGCAGAGGGGGAAGGGGGCAAUGGGAAAAGUGGAACACAUGGGGACGCAAGGGAGCUACACAGGAGAAAAGGGGGAUUCCCGGAGUGUGAACACGGGAUGGGGACCGGGACCAGGGAAAGGGACGGGGGGGAAUCAGCCAACAGAGGAAAAGACCACUGGGGCACACGGGGGUUGGAGACCCCCUCAUAAAGGGAGAUGAGAGACUGCAGGAGGCACAGGUAAAACAGGAAAGGAGGGGACAGAGGGCUUCACUUCCCCAUGAAUACAACAGUAUGAGCUCUGCUGGUACGUCUCUGUCUCACUCUGACUAUGUGUGUCUCUGUUUCUAUGUCACUGUCUCUAUCUCUCAGUCUC